CCUCGGAGCCGGAAGUCAGCUCUUAUCACGUGAUGUAAACAUGGCGAGCUGACAGGUGAGCCCUCAGUGGGAGCUGGGAGCUGCGGGCAGGCAGGGGUUAAUGAGAUGGGCUGGCCGUGCAGUUAUGGCGAGAUGUACUAAUAUUAGUGUCCAGGGUGCGAUAUUGAGGGUGUCUGGUGUCACAGUAAUCCCCACCAUAGGGAUUUACCAUAGCCCAGGGGUUUAUUAACUAAGCAACGAACUGCGGCCAGUGCGAAUGGCGAAACUCGCUGUAUCAUAGCCGCUUGGUGACUAUCGCUGAGAACGUUUCCAGAUCACCGGCGUCAUGUUAAAGGGACACUAUAGUCACCGGAACCACUGCAGCUUAAUGUGGGUUUUCUGGUGUCUAUAGCCCGUCCCUGCAGGCAUUUUAACGUAAACACAGCCUUUAUAGGGAAACGGCAGUGUUUACAUUACAGCCUAGGAACACCUCUAGUGGCAGUCAUUGAGACGGCCUCUAGACGUGCUUCCUGGGUCGGUGCUGCACAGUGCGCAGUACUGGCAUUCAGCGUCUCCACGCUGUGUAUGGAGAUGCUGAAUGCACCCCAUAGAGAUGGAUUGAUUCAAUACAUCUCUAUGAGGAGGUGCCGAUAGGCGCAAUACAUCAUUUUGCUGUGCAUGUGCAAUCGCUUCCUAUGGAAAAGCAUUGUAAUAGCUAAGAUUAUCAAGGCUGAUAAUCUCGAGGCAGGGGAGAAAAUUUAAUUUUAAUACCCUUUGCCCUUUGAUCUGUGGUGGGUCAAGGAAUAGAUAGUCAACGCUAUAGUGUUCCUUUAAAUGUUGCUAUUUAGAUUUUGUUAAAAUGUUGAAUUUGCUGAACAAUCCUGCACAGACAUGGAUAAUGUAACCAUUUGGGCUAAAAUGUUACAUUCUUGAUAAGUCACAGUUUACAGGGUUACUCACUAAAGUGUGAAUUUUAAUGUUGAGGUUUGAAUGUAAGUAUUGUUAUUUUUGCAUUUUAGUACCUAUCUUCCCAGAAGAAUUUUGUACAUGUAGUGUACCUGUGCUCAUCUGACUGCCAAGAUGAAUGCUAUUGUGGCUCUGUGCCACUUCUGUGAGCUGCAUGGACCACGCACCUUGUUUUGCACAGAAGCACUGCACUCCCCACUUCCCCAGGGGGCCGGCUGUGGAGAUAGCCUGGGGCAGGGGGAAGCAGCAGAGGAAGAGGAGAUGGGAAUCCAGAUGAGCAGCAGGAUUCGGUCACACAGCCCCGCAGAGGGGGCAAGUGCAGAAUCCAAUAGCCCCAGACUCAAGAAAUCGGAUAUGUGUGAGGUAAUUUCUGUACAUCUGGAAAAUAUCACACAUCGUUAUUUACUAAAAUGUGAAUUGUACGAAAUCCAACGUUGAGGCUAAAAUAGUGAAUUGGAAAAGUUACUCAAGUCAGCCGUGUUUCCAGUUCUUUUUCUCUGCCUUAAACCUGAAUUUCACUCUGAAUUCCCAACAGUUCACGCUUUAGUGAAUUAGCCAUAAUUAGCCUGUAAGUAAAUAAAACAGGAAAUAUGAACCCAUUGCCUUGUAACCAACAUCUGUCUUUUGGGGUCUUUUAGGGUUGUCGGUCUCUGGCUGCAGGUCAUCCUGGGUAUAUUAGCCAUGACAAGGAGACAUCCAUCAAAUAUGUCAGCCAUCAGCACCCAAACCACCCACAGUUAUUCAGUAUUGUCCGCCAGGCCUGUGUUCGCAGUUUGAGUUGUGAGGUAAGGAAACGGCAUGUAUUAAUAAUGGAUUCAGUGACUGCAUGAACGUUCUACAGUUCUUAUUAAUUUGUUGCCACCAUAAAUCUAUUGGGAGAAGUGAAAGUAGAUCUGUUAAAAUACACCCAUCACCAUCACCACCAAAUAAAUUAGUAUUUCAUAAGGAUAAAACAAUGACUUUGUUAAAAUUUUACUGAAAUAGUAGGUACUACUCUGUCUUAUGUACAUUCACUCAGCUUGACAAAACAUGGAGCAAUCGCUGUCAAGUUUUGUCAUUUCCCUCAGUCAUUGCUAGGGAUGGCUGUGAGAAAAAGGCAUUGUCUAUGGAGACUCUCAGGGGUCCUCUACACUGUUGCGCAUGCUCGAGAGUACAGCACUGACAUGAGCUCCUGGCAGGUGAAGCUCCAGAGUUGAAGAGGCUACCACGGAUGGUCAAGGGGGCAGCCGCUACUGACCGCUUCAGGCAAAUAAGACCUACGUUUCCUUGCACCUCGCAGCCACCACACACCAACUAGCUUAGUCACCAAAAUAUGCAAAGACCCCAGAAGGUGACAGAGCAGCUUGAAGUACUCUAAUUUUUUUUAGAUAAAGUGGGACAGCCACUUGCGAGGUCUCUCCAUUUUUUGUGAACUAACCCCCCAGGUAACAUGUAAACUCAAAGUAGGAGAAUAGAGGAAAUAUACGGGUAUUCUUGCUCAAACUUUGCUGGAAAUAAAUCUGUAUUCUUGUUUUACUUUAUCUGCGUAUCUGUGAAUUGUGAUUUAAAAAAAAAAAAAAAAGACCAUUCAAAUUUCUCUCUUCCUGCUAGGUCUGCCCGGGUAGGGAGGGUCCCAUCUUUUUUGGCGAUGAACAACAUGGUUUUGUGUUUAGCCACACGUUCUUCAUUAAAGACAGCCUGGCCCGAGGCUUCCAGCGCUGGUACAGCAUUAUUGUCAUCAUGAUGGACAGAAUUUAUCUAAUCAACUCCUGGCCGUUCCUCUUGGCUAAGAUCAGAGGAAUCAUAGACGAGCUGCAAGGAAAAGCAUUCAAAGUGAGUAGCUCACAGCUGGAUUGGGAUAUGCAGGAAGAGAUUUAGAGAAUUAUUUUAGAUGAUAAUGUUAUAAUCUGGAUGCAAAGCUUGUUAGAUGGAGCUUAUUACCCAAUUAGGCAACAUCUACAAAUAUAAAAAAAACAAAAAAAACACUUCCAUUACUCUUAACCAAACAGUUGCUGAUUUAAUGAAUGAUGGGAGUUGUAUCCAGGGAUCAAAGUAGAGCCUUCUUAAUGGGCAGAGGAAACUUACUAUCACCUUAAAGAGACUCAUAUUUUAGAUGCAGUGUGUAGGUUAGAGCACAGUUCGUUAUGCUUAUUUAUUUUGUAAUCUUCUUUAUCUACAUUUAGUUUUGCUCCAUUGACCCAUUUCUUCUACUCCCUCACAACCUUUAGUGUUUCUCCUUUUGCACCAAAAAUGUUGGUGUGCGUGAUAUUUUGAUUUGGAUUGCAGGGGGUUGUGGUUAAACUGUCAUAUUUCUUCAGUGGAAAGGUGACAUUUAAACUACAGCUCACAGAAUUCCUUAUUUAUAAAUCACUGCUUGUUGAAUAAGUUCAUCAGUGAUUCAGAAAGCUAACUGAACAUUGUGAUUGGUCGAGUCGCUUCCUGGUCUGGGCAGAGCUCACUGUUGAAUAUAUAUAAUGCAUUAAAAGGAAAUGGGUGAACUCUAGCAGGACUUGUUCCUUUCAAUGCUAGUGACUUUAAUGAAAUAGUUUUCCUAAUUGGAGUUGAAUUAAUGGCAGCUUUGGUUGCAGUCAUUGUCAGUUUGUGGCACAGGUGACCCGGUAUGCUGAUACACUUACUUUGUUAUUUACAUUUUGUAUAAAAUAUAUAUUGCAGUAUAUACAGCUUUUCCUACAUUUUAUUUAAAAGAACACUAUAGUGUUAGGGAUAUAAAACUGUAUUCCCAAUUCUAUAGUGUCCCUCUGUCUUCCUCUCAUGAAAGGGUUAAAAACCCUUUCUUUAACUUAUCUGAUUCCCGGCGCUGGUUUAGUCUCCUCCUACUGUCACAGCGAUGAGGAAACCUAAAGCGCUUGAGGACGUCCAGCGUCACUUCACACAGUUAAACCCCAUGUAAACCAAGGAAGCACAUCUAGUGGCUGUUUGGAAGAUAGCUACUUGAGGCAGUCUUAACCCUGCAUUGUAAACAUUGCAGUUUCCUUCAAAGUGCAAUAUUUUUACAUGCAGGGUUAAGAGGACACGGACACUGUACCCAGACCACUUCAAUGAGAUUAAGUGAUGUUGGUGUCUAUAGUGUCCCUUUUUAACAAUACAAGAAAAGGUUGUAGGUUUUGAAGUAUAAAUACUUAUUUACUAAUAGAAAAGGCAUGAUAUGAUGUUUACUUUUUUUUUUUUUCUUUUGCCAGAGAAGACCAACGUUUACCUUACAAUUACAGUUUGUACGCUGGCCAAGCAUUAUGAAAUAUCUGUUAACUUUGUUUAACACUGAAACCGAACUAGUAAUUCUGAGAAGUAGCCGUGUGUUUUUUUUUUUGUUUGUUUGUUUUUUAUAGAUUAUACUAUUGUGGUAUUGAAAAUCGGGACGAAUUCUUAAAACCUCCUCCUCUCACCCAGCACAGGAGGAUGCUGGGAACUAGAUAGCUUAGAUAUUGAAAUCUAAGAUUCAUACUGUCUGUUGCGAGCACAUGUUCACAGUAGCCAUUUUUAAAAUGAUAAAUUUUCACUGAGGGUUUAAACUUUAUGAUGCAAUUCCAAAACAGAUGUUUUUCUCUAUCAGGUGUUUGAUGCUGAGCAGUUUGGAUGCCCCCAGCGACCCCUGCGGAUAAACACAGCAUUUACUCCAUAUCUGCAUAAACGAAAUGGAAACGCUGCCCGUUCCUUGACCUCUCUCACCAAUGAUGACAAUUUAUGGGCCUGCCUCCAUAUCUCCUUUGCAUGGUAACAGGAAGCAUACUGGGUUGUAACUUGCUAUAAAACGUAUAUCGAGCUUGUAUAAGCACUCUCAUAACCAUUUCAAAAGGAUUGUGAACAACAUUGAAGGGGGUUUCCAUGACCGCAAAUUAGUAGGUGAAACAGUUACUCGACUUUAAACAAGAUUUAGACAUUGACAUUGAGUCAGUACAGUUAUUUAUGUAGAGCAUCAAAAAACCUGUGUUUGAUAUUUUAACGUGGAAAUUAUUUUGGGAUGAAGACAUUCUACAUUAUAAUUUGGUAAAUUAAAAAAUGCAAACACCCCCUCUUUCCUCUGCAAAGUAAAAUAAUGGACGCUAAUUGGCUCAGUUCUCGGGGACCUCAGGUUCUGAUUGGCCGAUGGAAUCACAUGCUGUCUGCAUCAUUCAUUUUUUUUUUUUUUUAUUAAAUCUUAACUAUUGGUUUAAAAAGCUUGAUGCAAUUCUAAGAUGGCAGCUCCGCCUUAUAAAAAUCAGAUAAUUCCUGGGGUAAAUAUGUCCAAAUUCACUGUAGCUGAGUCUGUGCUAUGUUAUGUUUAAUUGGGAAUUGUGUCUGAAGCUCAUGUGUGUAAAGUAUAUUUAAGGUGACAAAAUGUAAAAGCAUCUAGCAAAGACUGAUUGUUAUUUCUUGGAUACGAGCCUCAGUAAAAUAGGGUGAAAUUCCAUAUAAGAAUAUGUUAUUUUCGUUUCCAUGGUGAUUGGUCUAAUUGUAGAAGUUUAGUUCACCUUUAGAACACUUUUUAUAAAUAUUUCAAUUGAAUUGUAAGUAUCUUGUGAAUCUUUAAUAUGAUUUUGUAGAUUUUUGAAAGUAUUGUCUAUACAUACACAAGUAAAUGGAUGUUUUAUUUGCUAUUCAGUAAAAAAUUGAGCUGCCAUUUGUAUCUUUAUUGAAGGCUGCUAAAGGCUUGUGGUUGCCGUCUGACAGAGAAGCUGCUGGAGGGAGCUCCUACUGAGGACACCUUGGUACAGAUGGAAAAGCAAGCAGGUUGGUGUAAAUAGGGAAUUUGUUUUGGCCACUCUCACAAGCCUUAUCCAGUGAAUUCUCCACCAAGUAAGAAUAAAUAGGAGUCGUGUGUCGCUGUUGACCAGUGGAGAGUUUAGGUCAAGCACGCUUUCAAAAACCUGCUUUAUAAGAUCCGUUACCAGGGAUAAGGCACAAAUCUUCUAUAUUUAAAAUGAAGUACUCAAAAUAUUAGGUGCAAAUUUUAUAAAUAAAUCUGAUGUCCUCUUUUAGUGUGAGUCCUGAAGAUAAGUUUUCAGCAUUUGAUGUUUUGGAACCCGUCAUCAAAUAUAUAGACACUUAGAUGCAUUAGUGUUUUAGUAGCACGUUCUUGUGUAUAGCACAGCAAGAACAAAGUGUAAAUGGAUUUUGCAAGUUAAAGGGACAACACAGUCACCAAAGCUGCUACUAUGUGUGUUCUACAGCAUUUUGCAACUAACAUCAACACAACAAAAGUGACCUCCCUAUGAUAUAACCCCAAACCCUCUGUCUCUGAGAGCCCUUCGCUUGUGUUAAAUAUGAUUCUGGAGCAUGAAUAGGACGUGUUCAUAUGUGCGCAGUACAACCUUGUUCAUUUGUGUGACAUUAUACAAAUCGGUUGGAGGAGCAGGAUUAGUUGUUAUGUAAUGUUUAUAUGUUUCAUUUCACAAUUAAUAAAUUCAUUAUUGAAAUUCCCAAUUAAACCAAAAUUAUAAUCCAUAAUAGUGGUUGCAUUUGAAUUAAUAAACUAUUAUAUCCCCAAAAUAAUAUGGUUACUUUUAAUGUGCAGAAUUGUAUAAAAAGAUGUUCCGCAAAAGGUUUCUCUGAUGCACUUCGUAGAAGAUGGCGUUCUAUGUUAACAUUCGCUGCGGUUAUUCUUUUUAUCUAUUCUCUUAAGGUAACUGGGAUCCCCUAAUCUGAGAGACAUUAUUUUCCUUAUGGUAUUUGUAUGAUCAACGACAAUUCUUGCUCCCUGUUUGCAGAUUUAGAGGAGGAGUGUGCAGCCUGGGAGGGACAGGAUGGAGAAGCGGGUAGUCUCAGGCCUCAGCCCAACGUGUUGGAGGUCCGCGCCAAUGAGACGUCUAAGUUAUUGGAAUGCCGGCUGCCCGUGAUAUUCCGAUCUCUCAGGCACAUGAGGCAGGUACGACCCAGAACAAUCUGACUGCAUGUAACAGUCCUGUAAUACUUUGUGGCAAUGUCUGUGCAUACACGGGUUUAAUUAACACUGUCUAAUAAUGUUCAGGAUCGCUUGGGUUUCACCAGUUCUGAAAUGAUUUUGGAAUGCCAUAACUUAUCUGCGAGCUAAACGUUCCCUCGGGACCGUUACCCUGGGUGACAGUGCAGAACUCAAUUAUAGAUGUCCUUUUCUUAUCAAUGUCAUAUUUAAUAUUUAUACAUGUAAGUAAUAGCGUAAGCUGGUGAUCUGUGUGUUUCCAGUUUCAAAAUGACCCUAGUUUUUAAUACAUUUUAAAGAUAUUGUAUUAAAAGAAUUCUUACAAUAUAAAAAAGAUACUCAUGGCUGCUGGUUAUCUUUGUGAGAGCAACCGUAAGAGUCUCCUUCAAUCAAUAGCCUUCCAGUCUGGGAUAUACAGAGAUACUUAUUCCAGAAAGAGUUUUUGGGAUGUGUAAUUCCAGUUCCAUUUCACAAUGUUUACACUGGAGCUGCUGAAUAAAGUGUUAGCAGGGUUUGUGCGGCUGCUAUCAGCUUAAUGUCAGCUUCAUGUACACUUGAGGGAAGGGAGUUGUAGAUGGCAUUUGUCCAAGCAGCUUACCCUGCAUUAGUGCAGCUGUUGCCAGUGAACCCGCACAGAGCCCCCUCGUAGAGGAGGAGGAAGUAUUGGAUAUUUUACCGAUCAUUGCAGCUAUGUACAGGGAGUCUGGGAGAGGUGGUAACCUGUGCAAGGAGCUUGAUAGUAUUUUGUCAGCCCAUAUUACUAUAUUUCUAUGGGGAGCAUAAGGUUUUCUGGUGCCUGGAGUGUCCCUUUAAAUUAAACUUAUCGUGAGAAUGAGCCUGUGAUAUAUAAUUUCGUUUCACUCUAUAUUGAGUUUUAUUUUAUUUUUUGCUUGUUUGAUUCAAAGCUUUGUUGUAAAAUUUAAACCGAAAAGAGUUUUCCAAGUUUUGUCAGUUUCUAGGACUUUCUGAAUUUCUACAUAUCUUGUUCUUUCUCAGGUGCUGGGCGCUGCUUACUUCAGGGUGUUAGCCUGGCACAUUCUGAUGGGUAAUCAAGUCAUCUGGAAGGGGCAGGACCGCGAUCUGAUUCAGUCUGCGUUUGAUGUUCUGCGGGUAAGUAACCCUGCAUUCCUUCACCAGGAUUAAUGAAUGAAAAUUGAGGCAGUCCUUUACUAAGCUCCAUCAGUUUGAGAAUUCCUGAGAUCUAGGAAAAAUACUCUUCUAGAAGUGAUGGAGGGCCUUCUUUCCCCCUAUAGUGGUUCUUUAAAUCCAGUGUAUUAUAUAGUGCUGCCUUGGUAGGUUUUACAUAUCCUUUUGUUAUUUUUAUGUUACUAAUAUUGCACCUAGUAAGUUGUGCCCACCUCAUGCGAUCUGCAUACUAAAAAAAGGAAAUCCAAUAUGUGUAGAAGUCAAAGAAUGUUUUUUUUUUUUUUAAAACAAUCGGGUACAUUUAAAAAUAUUGAACGUUGCGGGGGCCGGGCAUGACACCCACCAUGGCCGGACGCAGUUCUCUGUAGCUCUGGCUCUCUAGCUUGAAAACUGUGGCUAAAUCGUCCUAAAGCGACGCAGAAACCUUCUUGGUCCCACUGCAGACCGACACUCUAGCUCCAAGAGCCGUUCUAAGCCCGAAGUGUAACCGUCUGACAAGCACUUACCAUGUAUGCAGGCUGCGGCCUAGCGUGCCCGGUAAUCGGAUGAAGCGGCCGAUCACCCGACCUGGUGAGCACACCUGGCGGUAGCCUUUCUACAGCCCCGUCACCCCCUCCCCCUCUGGACCAGUGUGGGUUAUCCCGGUCCCCACUGGAAAGUGGACUCUCACGAUUAUUGCAGCACCUGCACCCAAUUGCACAGAGUUCCAUGCGGUCAAGAUGGCGGACGACUCCACUUCUUGUGACACGCAAGGUACUCACACUGAACAGUCACCUUAUGAGUCUGCUGCACUACCCAUGUGGCGACCGGCUGAAAUAUUCACUUGCUCUUGGGAAUUUCGGGUGGCAAAGCAAGCAGAGUUGCUGCCUCAGGCUGAAGGGGAGGAACACGGGUGCGGAAUGGGCUCCCUCUGGGCACUCAACUGCUUCCAGCACAGAGACACGAAGCCACAAGCCCACCCGGCCGAGGGCCACUAGGGGUGAGACCACACAGACAGGAGGCCAGCCGCUAUCAACGAUGACAUCCCAGCAGGGCCUUCUGCCUCUCCGGAUUGGAGAAGGACUUGGACUCUUCGAGCCCCCAAGUCAGUGUCUCCCAGAUGCAGGCCUCUACACCGACCUGGGGCAGGAGGGAGACCCUUCUCUGCACUCCUCGUGCUGCCUUCCUUCAACCCAGCAGCAGAUCUACCCUCUGCCUUCCAAGCUCAGGCAUCGGCUGAAAAGCUGCAGAAAAUCAGCUUAUAUUCUAGGACUAUCUCACGACCGGGCGACGCCAUUAGGAUACCUGUGGCAAAUCCAGCCGACCCAAGACUGAUUAUAGGCUCUUUUCUAUUGUUUAUAUGUUGCUGCCAUGCAUCCAUGAGUCACUUACUUUACCCAGAGGAACGGUGUCAGCUUGCUGUGCAUCCAGUGGUUCUUACCUCUACUACUCUCUUGCUUAUUCUCUUAUCUUCCUACUUAAUGAAUUCAUUGAGUGAGCUCACUUAGCAUGUUCAAGCUUGUUUAAAAGAUAAAAUUGUGCAUAUGUUCUCAACUAACCCAUAUGUAAAGCGUGAUAAUUCGCCUGAGGAUUACCUUUGGGGUACCUCAAGCUUGUUUGUACUAUUCUUCUGCACUGCAAAAAUACAAAAUAAAAAUAUCGAACAUUGCAAAUUCUUCAAAUAACAAUGUUAAUUAAGAAAUAGGACUUCCUUCUUAUAAUCAUUAUUGUGGUGACUGCUUUAAAAAUCCCUCCAAUGUGGUUUGCUUUUAACCAAUGGUAGAUAUUCUUAUGCUUUUCCUCAGACCAUGCUCCCGGUGGGCUGUGUCCGCGUGAUUCCGUACAGCGAGAAAUACGAAGAUGCGUAUCGGUGCAACUUCCUUGGGUUGAGUCCUCAAGCUGAAAUCCCCCCUCAUGUGCAAACAUCUGGUGAGUGUCAAACACCUUCAUUACUUUAGACUCCUUUAGACUGCAAGCACGCUACCUCUCAGGGGCGUACCUAGAGCACUUGGCACCCGGGACGGACCCUGUGUUUGGCAGCCCCCCCUUAAAAAUGGGGGGGAAAAAAUGUUUUUAAAUUUUUUUCAAGAAUAUUUAUUGCACAUACAAAUUGUGCACCCCCCACACAUACAAUCCCUGCACCCACCCUACACAUCAAAUUCAUACCCCCUUCAUUUAAAAACCUUGCACCCCAACACAUAAUGUUCAUACACCCCCUACACAUAAAAAUCCUGCACCCCCCUUACACAUAAAGUUCAUACACCCACCCUCCAGAUAAAAACUUGCACCCCCCUUAAUAAAAAAACCGCGCACCCCCUAAUAAAAACAAACAAAUCUGCACACCCCCUAAUAAAAACAAACAGCAUCUCCUCAUAGCGAUGAAUUGAAUCAAUGAAUCUCUGUGAGGAAAGUUCAGUGUCUGCAUGCAGACUGAGGAGACACUAAAUGUUUUUGCAUUUUAGGCAGCCAUGACCCAGGAAGGAUCUCUAACAGCUAUCUGAGGAGUGGCCAGUGAAGUUAUCACUAGGCUGUAAUGUAAACACUGCAUUUUCUCUGUAAAGACAGUGUUUACAGCAAAAAGCCUGCAGGUAAUGAUUCUACUCACCAGAACAAAUUCAAUAACCUGUAGUUGUUCUGUUGACUAUAGUGUCCCUUUAAUAAUAAAAAAAACAACAAAAAAAACCCUGCACACCCCCCCUUAAUAAAAAAACAAAAACCCUGCACACCCAAGUUAAUAAAAAAAAAAAACCUGCACACACCCCCUUAAUAAUAAAAAAAAAAACUCUGCACACCCCUUAAUUAAAAAAAACAAAAAAACUUCACAUAAAAUUCUAUUGUCUAUACCUGGCUGCCAGCGGACCUGACGCAGAUAUACAAGCUAAACUUUCUCCCUCUCCUCUCCGCAAUCCAACAAGACCUUCAGCGGUGGACGCAGCGAUACGUAUCCUGGUUUGGCCGUAUUGGUGCGGUCAAAAUGAACAUUCUCCCCAGGCUGUUAUAUCUCUUUGCGGCACUACCCACCAGGAUCCCCCAGACGUUCUUCAACUCGGUGACAACAGCUAUCCGUAGGUUUGUGUGGAACAACAGGCAGCCGCGCAUCCGUAGGUCGAUCCUGGAGAGACCGAAGGCGGCCGGGGGGAUGGGGCUACCGUCAGUGAUCUCAUACUAUAGAGCCACACACCUCCAUAGGGUAGUAGACUGGCAUGCGCGGCCAAGUACCAAACGAUGGGUAUCCAUGGAACUGCAACAGACUCGGGGCACUGUCCCGUCGCAGCUCUGGCUGGGUGGGUAUACCUACACAGACCUGCACACAAAAAACCCGGUGAUAGACGCAACUCUCAAGGUGUGGUGCGGACUAAGAUAUGCCUACCAACUCACCACCUCCCCAAACCCGCUUACGCCUAUUACUCACAACCCGAGGGUUGCGGGUGGCCUUCACCCGGUUGCUUUACGCAAUUUCCAAAGAACAGAUUGGUUCUAUGUACGCCAGUGGAGUCCGGGGGGAACGCUGCAAUCGCUGGGGGACUUAUUGCCAGACAGGCAACCUACUGUUCUCGACAAAUUCCACUAUCACCAGGUUAGGUCCUACUAUACCAAAAUCCCGGGGAGAACUCAACUCCACCGUACACUUACGGAAUUUGAACGCCUGUGCACAGACAGACGACAUUUAACCCAUGGGGUGUCACACUUAUAUGCUCUGCUCCAGCAGUCAGGGGAUAGUUGCCCACUAGGCUUCACGAGCAGAUGGGAGGAGGAGACGGGUACACAGCUGACGGACCAAGAAUGGGACAAAAUAUUCCUCCUCACACAUAAAUGUUCAAUUAGCUCGAAAUUCCAGGAAACCAGCUACAAACUGUUAACACGAUGGUACAGAACACCAGACACACUGAGGCACAUACAGGGGACGGACACAGGCGAUUGUUGGAGAUGCGGAUUAGAAAGGGGCACCAACCUACACAUCUGGUGGUCAUGCCCUAGUAUCAAACCAUACUGGCAAAUGAUCAAGGCAAAGAUCAAGGAGAUCACAGGGGACGACAUCCCCCUACAGCCGCUGCCAAUGCUUCUACACCAUACACCCACCCCAACGCAGGCAUACAAAAAGUCACUGACAAUACACCUAUUGAACGCAGCAAAGGCCCUCAUUCCCCUGCACUGGAAAGGUCCAUCAGUUCCCACACUUAGACAAUGGAUAGACAAGGUGGAGACCAUCUACGACAUGGAGAUCCUGACGGCCUCUAUGCGAGAGCGCGCAGAUAAGUGCGCCCUGACGUGGUAUCCUUGGAGGCAGUAUACCUCGAGAGACGGGGCAUGAGUUGCGGGGCUGCGGAACCGACCUGAGGGGGGAGGUGUGUGGGGAGUGUGCUCUUUUCUUUUUUUUUUUUCUCUCUCUUCUCUUCUUCUUCUUUCUCUCUUUCCCUCCCUUUGUGUGUACUAUCUCUCAACUUAUACCCAGCACGGAGACCCUGAAGCAGACUGGCUUAGUCUGGAACAUGCCCCGACGGACGCACUACCCCACAGUUCAUGGACGACAUACAGGACACGGACAGGCCAUACUGACACAGCCGAAAAGGGGGGUCACCCUCCUAGACAUAACGGCUUGGGUGGAGGCGACAGGUAUAAGGCUGACCUCACAAUCCUAGUGAGUAAUUAGUUUGACUCCCCUUCUCUGAGGGGGAAGAUUUAGAGCGCAACACGCCGAAACAUGACUGACCACCUAUAAGAGUUGACACUUAAACAUUCUACAUGCACCUCGGGGUGCACAUGGGGACGCAGGGUUAAACAAAACACAGCAAUCACUUGUCGGGUUGACCGAAGGUUGACUGACCUUCAUAUUACCCAAGCCGCAGGCAUGGAUUCGUAUGUAGACAACCUCCAGAUUUCGAUUGUAGAAAAUAUUAGCAUUGUUCUGUUACUUGUUUAUAUAUGUCUUGUACCAUUUACCGACAGACCCUAAGCCGCGGGCAUGGGUUCGUAUGUAGACAACCUCCAGAUUUUGAGAGUAGAAAAUAUGAGCAUUGUUUCUGUUACUUGUUUUUUAUAUGUCUUGUACCAUUUACCGUUUUACUUACCGUAUGCCUACGGAAUAUUUGAAAAAAUUACCUUCAAUAAAAAUGAUUGACACAAAAAAAAUUCUAUUGUCUAAUCACAUUUGAUGAUGCCUCUUCGCUGAUCUGCUCUUCUCCCAGCCUCCGACCACUGGUGCCUCACAGGAUGAUGGAUCUUUCCGCUCCAUGAAGGUGGACAGGUGGCAGCGGCGCACGUCUGCGUCACGCUGUGCGAUGCCGCAAAACUCCUCCCCCUGCUCCUCCAUAUUGCUGCAGUCAGUGCACCCCCCUAGUGAGUGGCACUGGGGAUGGGCUGACCCCUUAGUACACCACUGCUACCUCUUCUCUGUGUCAGUAAAGACUAAGCUGUUAAAUUGACUUUUAUGCCACAUUCUACAGUGCAGCAUCAUUGUUAUUAACUAAAAUUUCUAGGACCCAGUUAAUGUUACACUGCCUGCAGCCUGCGCUAGUUAUAUUUGUAUAUAAUGUAUGCUUGACAACACCUUCCUUAUUCUAGGCUUGGCAAGUGUCAGAAUAAUCAAUAAUCAUCUAUUUUAUUGUAUUAAACAGAAUUCACUGUCAUGGUGGAUGUUCGCAGUGCUCCACGCUCCAACUUAUACCCAGUCUUGUAUGCGGGCAAUGAGCCGCUCAGCAGGUAUGACUUUGUGGUUUCCAGUGGGAGCCCGGUCGCUACAGACAGGGGUAAGUAUCCUUGGCCUAGAAAACUAAGAAGUGCUAAUGUGCAAUCAGUUCAUUCUUUGUAGAAUUUCCACGUACUUUGUACAUGUACCAAGAACUGCGGGACUGCUCCGAUGUAGAUACUGAAUGAUAAAUUGGCUCAAAUAAACACAUGUUCUUUUGCAAUUUGGCUGAUAUACAUUGAUUUGUUGUGAAAUGAAAAGUGAAUUUGCAAGAUUUUGGAUAAAAUUGGAAAAAGCCCUUGGUUUCCUUUCAUUUUCUCUCAAUACACCACAAUCUUCACAUUGCAAUUUUACAAAAAAUAAAAAAAUUUAAUAGUCUCAUAUGGCACUCUGAAUUAAUUUGGUACAAAUGUUGUAACUCUAAAAAAUAUUGUAACUUGUUUUCUGGUUUAAACUGUUUAUUUUUUACUGUCAGUUGGACUCACCAUUCUGAACAAGAUUGAGGCAGCUUUGAAUAACGAAAACCUUUCAGUGGAUGUGGUGGAUCAGUGCUUGGUCUGCUUGAAGGAGGAGUGGAUGAAGUAAGUACUCUAUAACCCUCUGUGAUUUAUGCUAAUGUUGUUUUACUAUGUAUGGGUACGCUGGAGUCGUUACACAGUAAUGGUAGCAGACCACAGUUAGAACAGUGACAGAAUAUUAGGGUUUGAGGUAUCCGGAGUACCAUGUCACUGGGGAGAUCUGCACGCCUCCAAUCAAUCGGUACAGCAGGAGAUCUGUGCUUACAGAUGCCGAUUAUCUAUAUCAUUUGGGUCCCCUUAUUAGAGAGGGCGACAUGAUAUGACAUCAUAACUAGACGUGCAGAAAUUUUGUUUUAAAGCGAUUUACCUGAAUAAAGUGUGUGGUACUCCUCAAACCAAUCGGAUGGAAUAUUGUUUUACCUGUGGAGUCUACAGGUAAGAUUGAUUUGUAAUCGAAUUCCUCUGAAAUCAAUUAAAGGAUACUAUAGUCACCUGAACAACUUUAGCUUAAUGAAGCAGUUAUGGUGUAUAGAACAUGCCCCUGCAGUCUCACUGUUCAAUCCUCUCCCAUUUAGGAGUUAAAUCCCUUUGUUUAUGAACCCUAGUCACACCUCCCUGCAUGUGACUUGCACAGCCUUCCAUAAACACUUCCUGUAAAGAGAGCCCUAUUUAGGCUUUCUUUAUUGCAAGUUCUGUUUAAUUAAGAUUUUCUUAUCCCCUGCUAUGUUAAUAGCUUGCUAGACCCUGCAAGAGCCUCCUGUAUGUGAUUAAAGUUCAAUUUAGAGAUUGAGAUACAAUUAUUUAAGGUAAAUUACAUUUGUUUGAAAGUGAAACCAGUUUGUUUUUUUCAUGCAGGCUCUGUCAAUCAUAGCCAGGGGAGGUGUGGCUAGGGCUGCAUAAACAGAAACAACGUGAUUUAACUCCUAAAUGGCAGUGAAUUGAGCAGUGAAAUUGCAGGGGAAUGAACUAUACACUAAAACUGCUUUAUUUAGCUAAAGUAAUUUAGGUGACUAUAGUGUUCCUUUAACAGGCAUUUUAUUCAGAAUUGCUUCAAAUUAAUUUUUUCAGACAUCUAGUAAUAACCCAUUGUCUACUGUCUGGAAUAUAUGAGGGAGUAAAGAAUAGUCAUUUAUUGCUUAGGUUACAGUGCUUAUAUUGUCCCUUUUAAAAGCUGACGUGACUGACCGUGGAUUAACUGUCUUGUUUAACCUGUUCAGUUUCAGACAGGACGUCAACAUAUGUCCAAAAGCUUAUAGAACACUACCAUGCUAAACUGACAUUGAUAACAUGGAAGUGUUCUUAUUCGGUCAAAGAUCCAGGCCGUUCCUUGCUGCCGGUAACCCCAUUGGGUUAUACCAAAUCAUUCCUAAGCGGUUUUAUAUUAAACCAGGGGAUGGCACCAGAGUGCCCCUUCAAGACAGAGUACGAGAGAACACAUUUUCUAAUAUUAUAUUCCCAAUAUCAAAUGUUUAUUAUCAAAAUAUAUAAUAUAUUUAAUCUUCAUCCAAAAUACACCACACAGACCAGCUUUAAUCAUGGCAUAACCUUUAUCUCACUGUGACAGUUCUCCAUUAACUAAUGUUUGCAAUAAGGAAUAGUGUCUAUUAUUACUAAGUUCUUUUCAUGUAACCUAAUAUACCAGUUGAUGCCAUAUUCUCUCUGUAUAUAUUUAAGAGUAAUAUUUUGUUUUCUACACAGUAAAGUAAAAGUUCUCUUCAAAUUCACCAAAGUGGACAGUCGCCCAAAGGAAGAUACACAGAAACUACUGGGAAUUCUCGGAGCUUCAGAAGAGGACAAUAUAAAACUUCUAAAGUUCUGGAUGACUGGGCUCAGCAAGACUUACAAAUCCCACCUUAUGUCCAGUGUACGCAGCCCCGCGGUCUCAGAGUGCCGGAACUAAGACUCCUAAUCUUUGGGCAGGAUUUGAUCCAAGGCCAUGGCAUGCACCUGGCUAGACAGUAUUAAAAACAUAUAUUUAUAUAAACUUUUCUCUAUCAAAGUGAAAAUAAUGAUCUGCUUUCAGAUAGAAGCAAUGUAAAAUUCUGCAAGGACUCGACUCGUGAAUACUUUAGGCUAGCCAUAUCCAACAUAACAGAUUGUGCCAGGUCGUGGGCUUGUCUGUUCAAGACCAUAAUGCUCAUAACCAUUCUUAAAGAAACAGAAGAAAUACAUUUUAAGAUAAGCUUGAAUUUAUUCACUAAAUGUAAGUCAUAAUUCAUAAAACCUUCCUAUAUUUAUUGCAAUAGCACCGGCGAUGGUUAGCUUAUGAUCUAAAUGUGUGCAGACUGUGAUUCCAUUUGACAACCAGCCAAUCAUUCAACAGGCUGAGCGUCAGAGGAACUGUAAUUUAAAGAUUAUUAAAUGUUUCUAUAUCCCCAAGGUAAGCCAGAGAUACAGCCAUCUGUUGUAUCUAGAUCCAUUGGCCCCCUGAGCCUCACAAUUUGCGAGCUAAUGUUAUUUUGUGAUCUCCUAGGCUACAGGACUCUGGAAAUACUACUAUACAUGGAUGGAAAACAUGUAACUGUACUGCGGAGGAACUAUUUCCAGGUUGGACUGUUCACUUUUUCCGAAGUCAGACAUUUACAAAUGUAUGAGUCACCCACUGAUGUUGCCUUCUAAUUAACUCGCUCAAUAUUAUGGCCAAUUUACUCUUCUAAAGCUGGAGAUCCUCUCCUACCAUGUUUGAUAUUAGACCACGUCACACAUUUGUUUAGGUAGAAAUGGGAACUUACUUAUUUUACAGAGAAAAGCAAAUCAAGCUUGUUAAAGGUUGCGUAAUUAUGCAUUUGAACAUGUUAGGAUGUUAUUUUCAUCAUAUCCAAAUGGGAUACUAUCCCUUUUAAGUUUAACAAUUUCCUAUGUGUAAGUUUAUAAUCAGGUUAAUUUCUUGAAACUGGCUCACACACUGGGGUCAUGAAUAGUGGAAUGUGGAAAAAAAUAUUUUGGGGAUUUUAUAUUUUAGAACAAAAUGUUAAAAAAAGCUCAGAUUUGGGCAAUUUUUUACUAGUUCAUCUACUCCCCCCUCCUCCCCCAAAUUUUUGUAGUUCCAUUGUUAUUUAUCCAUAAUUUCAGGUUCAAUAAAUAACCCUAAUAGAUUUCAAAUUAAACAUUAAAUAUAAUUAAAUGAUCAGCCAUUCUAUAGUAUUACAUGGCAUAUGUCGAGUGAGUAUUUAUCAAAUACGAGGAUCUUUGUUUUAAACAGUAAUGUUUUUGUUUGUUUCUUUUAAUAAGUAGUCUCUCUGAUUAUAAUUGUUUGUGGGGUGUAUCCUUUACCAUACUCACAGCAAAUGCCACCUCCCAGAACAGUCCUUUCUAACCACAGUUGUUUACGGUCACGCUUCCUGGUUGCCCUGUCUGACUGUGUGAACUGCAGUUGAAAAAACUCUUGUACCCCAUUUUACACUUCUAAAUUCUAUGUAUUUUUUUCUUCUAUUACCCCAUUAAGCAGCAUUUCAAUAGUUUACGUUUUUGAAAAUUUUUGUAUUCACGAAACCCAGGUUUUGGUGAAUUGAAACCUGAUUGGCAAAAGUAAUAGAUCUGUAAAUAAAUCUUCUGUUUGCUAUAAUUUUAGCUUGGCUAUUUUAGCAUUGUUUUUGACAUUUGAAUUUCUAUUCACAGCAGUUCAGAUUUUGACAAGUAAACCCCGAAAUGUAAAUUUUACUAUAAAAUGCAACUUUGUAUACAUGUGUUACAUGAUUGAAUUUGUUUGUUACAAAAAUAAAAGCUCUAGUUUUAAAA